UAGACAGAGAGGGGAUAAUUUCGUACAACAGAGUACAGGAGAGAUAUAGAAUGGCACAGUAUAGUCGAGUGCGUGGCGCGAAACAGUAGUGAAAAUCCUACGAAUAAAAAUUCAUUUGGAAUGCACGGAUCCGUGCACACGCCUUGGACUACGUCCCCGUGAAGAUAAAGGGAUCGAAGAAAAAGGCUAAAUAUUUGACAUCGACAAACGGAAAUUUUCAAGUGACGGCGUCUCAAGUUUAAGAAAAAAACUUGAGGAUUCGAAAGAAUCACCAUUACGAAAAGUUUAAAGUUAUGACAACAUCCAAUGGGAUAAAAAAUGACCAAACAUCAUCAGUACAAUGGCAAAAAAUUCAUACUGGUCAAGAUGAAGAUAUGCGAGUUUAUGGAUUUAAAAAGAGCAAGUUAAAAAGUAUUCUGAUUUAUGUUUCUUAUAUAUUAACCCUUGGCUGGGUCAGAUUAUUCUUCCAUUGGUAUCCCCAAUUACAUCUUUAUGCUACCCAUAAAAAGUGUGCUUUAAGUUCUGCCACAAAAUUACUCAUAACUGAUAAUUAUCAAGGAAAAUAUAAAUCAUAUUUUGUAAAAGAUAUAAAAACUAUUUCAGUGAAAAAUAUCAGUUUGGAGAAUAAUGAUAAACAUCUCAUCGAAGAAAUUAAAUGUAAAAAAUUAAAAAUUAAUUUAGAAAAUGGCACACAAUGCGAGUUGUAUGAAUACAAAGCAUUUUGGUGUAAGAAACAAUGUUAUAUCUGGGAUAUUACACAGAAUAAAUUCUCGAGAUUGGUAGGUUUAGACAAGUAUACACUAUGCUCGGAUCUUAAUCUUAGUAGCAAUCAUGGACUCUCUAAAGAAGAACAAUGCCUUAGACGAAUUGUAUAUGGAAACAAUGAAAUCGUCGUUCCUGUGCAAAGCAUAGGCGUAUUACUUUUGUUAGAAGUUUUAAAUCCAUUUUACAUUUUUCAAGUUUUCACUCUCUGUGUAUGGUUUGCAGAAGGCUAUUUGUACUAUACUGCAGCGAUCAUAUGUAUGUCAUUGUUUGGAAUUAUAAGUUCUAUAAUACAAACUCGUAAGAAUCAAAUUAAUCUUCGUGGUACAGUGGCAUCAACAGAAACUGUCCGCGUGUAUAGAAAUUCUAAGGUAGUAGAAAAUAUACCCAGUAGUGAUUUGGUACCGGGUGAUAUCAUAGAAUUACCCAAACAUCAAGCUAUUGUUGUUUGUGAUGCAGUAUUAUUAACAGGACAAUGCAUUUUAAACGAAUCAAUGCUAACUGGAGAAUCUGUACCGGUGACGAAAACUCCAUUGCCAUCUCGUCACAUUUUGUAUGAUUCUAAAGAAUGUUCCCAUCAUACGAUGUAUAGUGGUACUACUAUUAUCCAAACUAGAAGUUAUGGCGAUCAUCCAGUUCUAGCUCGAGUUAUCCGAACAGGAUUUCAUACCAAUAAAGGUUCUUUAGUUGCAGCCAUUUUGUACCCACCCCCGGCAGAUUUUAAGUUUGAUCAAGAUUCUUACAAAUUUAUUGGCAUAUUAGCAUUUAUUGCAAUAUGCGGUUUCAUCUAUACUAUUGUGACCAAAGUUUCCAGGGGAAUUACAGCCGGAGAUAUAGCGAUAAAAGCCUUGGAUAUAAUAACAAUAGUAAUUCCACCGGCAUUACCAGCUGCAAUGACGGUGGGAAAAUUAUAUGCUCAAGUACGACUAAAACGAGCGCAAAUAUAUUGUAUUAACAAUAGAGUUAUUAACGUAUCUGGUAGCAUAAAUUGCGUAUGUUUCGAUAAGACUGGUACUCUAACAGAAGAUGGUUUGGAUAUGUGGGGUAUUGUACCUUGCACAAACGGGAUUCUUGGUGAAUCAGAAAGAAUUAUUCCUAAAUUAAAUGAUCAUCCUCUUUUUGAAGGAAUGUUAGUUUGUCAUAGUUUAACAUUAAUUGAUGGUGAACUCUGUGGCGAUCCUUUAGAUGUUAAGAUGUUUGAAAGUACCGGAUGGAUAUUAGAAGAGAUUGAUAAUGAACAUUCGCAUAAAUAUGAUUUCAUAGCAUCUACAAUUUUAAAACCACCGAAAAACAAUAAUUUUACGCAAAAUAUGAAUGAAAUAUCAGAAAUCGGAAUAGUACAACAAUAUCAAUUUUCAAGUUCUCUUCAAAGAAUGUCUGUAAUAAUACGCGUUUUAGGUUCAGAUACAUAUAAAGCCUACACAAAAGGAUCACCUGAAAUAAUAUUUAGUUUAAGUAAACCCGAAACUAUCCCGAAAGAUAUAAUGAUCUGUUUAAAAUAUUACACGGAACAAGGUUAUCGAGUAAUAGCUAUGGGACGAACAGAAUUACCCGAAAAUAGUAAUAAAAUAAUGAAAUUACCUCGGGAUGCAGUUGAACAGAAUCUCGAAUUCCUAGGUUUAGUUAUUAUGGAAAACAGGUUAAAAAUACCAACUAUACCAGUUAUUAAAGAGUUAAGAACGGCUGACAUACAUGUUUUGAUGAUUACAGGAGAUAAUAUUCAAACUGCAGUAAGUGUUGCAAAAGAAUGUGGUAUUUUAUCAAUGCAAGAAUUUGUGAUAGAUGUAACUGUAGUUACGGAGGAAAAUAAAUUACAACCUGAAAUUUAUUUUAAUGCUCAAGAAAUGUCGCCAAAAUUGAAUCUUCAUGAUAAAAAAUUCAAUAUAUCAGAAUUUAAAGAUAUAGAAAGAAAUAUAAACAGUAUUAAUUAUCGUUUCGCAUUGACAGGCCAGUCAUGGCAAUUAUUGCGUGAACAUUAUCCGGAUAUUGUGCCAAAAAUUUGUGUCCGUGGUGCAAUAUUUGCACGAAUGACAAGCGAUCAAAAGCAACAAUUAGUUCUGGAAUUGAUGCAACUCGGUUAUUAUGUAGCAAUGUGUGGAGAUGGUGCUAAUGAUUGCGGUGCUUUGAGAGCUGCACAUGCGGGUAUAUCUUUAUCCGAAGCAGAAUCUAGUGUCGCCAGUCCUUUCACAUCCAAAAUACCGGAUAUAACCUGCGUUCCAAAGGUGAUAAAGGAAGGCCGCGCUGCUCUGGUUACAUCAUUUGGAAUAUUCAAAUUUAUGGUCACUUAUUCUUUGACAGAAUUUUUAUCCGUCAUUAUUCUUUACUCUAUUGAUUCAAAUUUGACAGAUUUAGAGUUUCUCUUUAUCGAUAUUUGUCUCAUCGUUAACUUUGCUUCUUUUUUUGGAAAAACUCAAGCAUAUGAAAAGCAAUUAGUAAAAAAACCUCCUAUGACUAGUCUAUUAAGUUUUACAUCGAUUUUUUCUUUGUCUAUACAUAUGUUGAUAAUGACAAUUUUUCAAAGUAUCGCUUAUCAUAUGGUACGCACUUUUCCAUGGUUUACGCCAUUUAUUUAUGACGAAAAAAUUGGAUACAUGUGUUAUGAAAACUAUUCAGUUUAUUGUGUUUCUAUGUUUCAAUACAUAACAAUGGCUAUAAUAUUUUCACGUGGAAAACCAUAUCGCAAAGAAAUUUAUACAAAUAUUGCAUUCACGUUUUCCAUAAUUAUGUUAACCAUUAUUUGUAUCUAUAUCACAAUUUAUCCUGCAAAUUGGAUAGUAAAUUUACUUCAGCUACUUGUACCUCCUAUGUUUGAUUGGAGAAUUAUUAUUUUAGUACUCGCUUUUACGAACUUUGUAAUUUGUCUUCUCGUUGAAUCAUUUGUCAUAGAAUAUUUAAUUGAGAGAAAAUUGAAAUCGAAAUUUUAUAAACCUGAGAAGUCUAAAAAAGAAUAUUUAAGAAUAGAACAUGAAUUAAAGCAUGAUUUAAAUUGGCCGAUACUUAGUAAAGAAUUACCAAUGUUACCAUUAACACCAAGUGUAGAAAAUAUUAUUAAUGUAGCAUAUACAGAAGAGCAACUUUAUGUUAAUAAAACAAAAAAGAAUUUAAAAAGCAAUAAUUUCCACGAAACAAUAGAAUCAUCUAAAAAAAAUAAUAGCUUAUAUGCAUUUGACAAUUAUACAUAUGUAGAUGAUGAAAUACCACAAAAUACAAAUAUGAUAACUAGAUUUUAAAUCUUGCUUUAGAAAUAUAUUUUGAAUUAUAAAUUUUCAAUAAUAAUAUAUUUAUAUGAAAUAUUUUUGAAAUUCAAAAUAAUUACAUCCAAAAUAACAUUUACAUAUAUACGUAAUUAUUGUACGUUUUUAUAUGUAUAAUAAUUAUAUAAGUAUGUAAUACAAUGAUAUUCAAUAAUUUAUUAACAUCA